CGCUGCAGUGGCUGUGAGAUGAGAUGAUUAGUGCACAGCUGGAGACACAGGCAGACCUGUAACACCUGCACGGACUUUAAACAUCACAACAUCGCACACAGAGAGACGCAGACGCGCACUCUCCAUUCUGUGAGAUCCAGACAUGAUGUCCGGUCUGCCGGGCGGCGGCAGGACAACGCGCGGGACCACUGGCACCCUUUUGUCGGCAUGUCUGGUCUCCGCUUGUCAAGCCCUCCGGAACUGCGGGGAGGUCCAGUGCGGCGACGGCCACCAGUGCUGCCCGCCCAUCGUCACCGGGAACGGCAGCGCCAGCUCCGCGGUGCGCUGUUGCAAGCUUCCCAUCCACAUUUUCUUCGACAACGUCGGCUGGUUUACGCGAAAGCUGUCGGGCAUCCUGAUCCUGUUACUGCUCUUCGCCAUGGGCUACUUCAUCCAGCGGAUCAUCUGCCCGCGGCCCCGCCGGCACCCGCACCAUGACCGCAGCGAGGAACCCUCCCUCUUUCACGGGCACGCAUCGGCGUCCCAGGACUCCCUGCUGGACCGGUACCCCGAGUACAGCCUCGGGGACUUCGCGUCUCCCAACCUGCCAGCGUACGACGAGGUCAAAUAUUUGCCCACGUAUGAGGAGAGCAUGCAGGAGAUGCACAGAGACCGCUCCGAUGAUAACUUGCUGGCGGAAAACGAGAGUCAGGGCAGGGGGAGAGCGGCGGGACCGAGAGCUGGAGACCAGAGGCGGGAUGUCCCGGAGGUGUCAGUACCGCAACACAGCCCAAGGACAUCUCGGAACUCUGUCUGAGCUCCAGAGACAGUAUCUUAUUUUCAUAUAAUCAGGGUAAUUAUCUUGCAGAGAUAUAAACUCAAGUGCAAUUAUAAUGCCGAAUAUUACGAAUAAAAGAGGAGGCUGAGAAAACGUACGUGUUUUGUUAGAUUAUAGCGGAUUACUCGCCUUUUGUAUGCAAAUGACCGCUUGGGUUAAGUAAAAGGAGAUAAUGAAGAAAGCGGAGGCGGCUGAAUUUGACGCUCUUUGUGGCUAAUUUGGCUCCGGUACAAUCGCAUUAAGUUUUACUUCAGCACCUCAAUUUUAAGUGGCACCGUGAGACAGUUUUUUUAUUCUGUCAAAUACUUGCCCUUUCUUAGUCUUAAUGCUUAAUAUUCUGCCGGACCUGAAAGACCUCAUUUUCUUUUGUUUUUCUUUGUUGAAUUUGCAUCCAAAAGGAAUAAUAUUUAGAUAUUUUUGUCUCAGUAACCUGAAAUGUGGGCUGGAAGAAGGAGUGAAAGGAUGAAUAUCGAUUUUUUUCUGGAGAAUAUUUUUUAUCAGCCAGCUUUAGAGCCAGUUAAUU